AUGGCGGCGAUGUUAAUCAGAAGAGCUUUCAAUCCAUCUAAAAACUCUCACUUUUUCGUUCGUGCUCGUUCACUCUGUACAACAUCUGCUGCUCGUCAACCCAAUUCCGAUGGUCACUCAUCGGAAUCUUCUUCCUUCAUUUUUGACGAGAAACCCAUUCUUGUGAAAGCUCCGAAUGCACGCCAGAACAAGGACUCGGACUCGGUGACGAUGCCGACGUCAUUCUUGACGGGUUCGAUAGUGGGGAAGAGAUUCUACAAGAAGAUGACGACGAGAGAAGAAAACGACGGGAAUGGAUGGACUGUGAUGCUCGAUUACAGAACUCUUAAAACUCCUUCUAAAAGACCUCUCAAGCUUCCUUCUUUGCCACUCGCUAAAGCCAUUGCUGCUGAAUGGGAGUAUCAAGUUUCUUUCUUGUAA